AUGCCACUUGAAGAACCGAUUGUGGGCAUGCACGAAAUCGAAGGUCUGGCGAAGUCCGGCCAAUUUCUCGACAAAGGCAAAGGCAAGUUGGUAGAUUUCGACAAGGACGAAAUCAAUCAGCUUUAUCCUCAAAGGGAAAAACUGCCUCGACUUCAGACAAAGAAAGACCUCGCUCCAUCAGCAUCAUACGAGAAUCCAGCUACAAAAACUUUCGCCGAUAUUCCUGAUUCCCAGCUAACCCUCGAAGAGCGAAGAAUCAAAUAUGGUCAGUCUUGGGCACUUGGCGGGAAAGCUACAAAUUGGGUGUGGGAGCAUAUCUUGAAACCACCAUAUAACUCCUUGAAGAAGAUUUGGAAUUUCUUAACGACCCCUAUCGUGAAAGGGGAAAAGGCACAUCCUGAUGAAGCAGUGGAAAUAUUAAAGGUUAGGACAGAACUACAGCCAUUUGAUGUUUCGAAUCCUGCUACCUGGGUAAAAUCGCAACGUGCACAAAAGAUCACUGUGGACACGACAGGUCAUGAGAUACCCCAUGAAGAGAACGUUCCUAAACCCCCUCUAGGCUACCCUGUUCUAGAUACUCACCCUGUCCAGAAAUCCUAG